AAGAAUCACUAUGGUCUAUCGCCGCUUCAUGGCGCUGCAGAGCAAGGACAUCACGGCAUUGCAACCAUGCUCCUGGAGAAAGGGGCACGAGUUGACGCCAAGCCUCCGCGUGGGGAAGAUGAUGAAGGUGGCGAAGGACGCCGAGGUCCUUCCCUCGGGACUGGAGGACAGGGUUGGUAA